GGAAUUUCUAAUUUUCUAACCUGUUUGGAUAUCCUAUUGUUCCCAAUUCUAAAAACAAAAAAAAAUAACCAUUUGCCUUCUUAUUUUUGGAGUGCGCGCGCACGCGGGAAGGGAGGCUAAGCCACAUCAAUUUUUUUUUUCUUUUCUGAGCCUUUAAUAAUAAUUUUUUUCCUCUCCAACAUUUUUUUCGGUCUCUUUCCAUACCACUUCGUACAAGAUGCCUCACUCGUUCGGUCUUCGCGCUCGUACCCGCCACAUGUUCUCUCGUAAGUUCAGAGAGCAUGGUUCCAUCCCUCUCACCACUUACUUGAAGACCUACAAGGUUGGAGAUAUCGUUGAUAUUAAGGCUAACGCUGCCGUCCAAAAGGGUAUGCCUCACAAGUUCUACCACGGUCGUACCGGUGUCAUCUACAACGUCACCAAGUCUGCCGUCGGUGUCCUCGUUCACAAGAACGUUGGUAACCGUUAUUUGGAGAAGCGUGUCAACGUCCGUGUUGAACACAUUAAGCACUCCAAGUGUCGUCAAGAGUUCUUGGAUCGUGUUGUUACUAACGCUCAAAAGAAGAAGGAAGCCAAGGAAGCUGGUGUCUCUUUCAACCUCAAGAGACUCCCUGCUCAACCUCGUGAAGCUCGUCACAUCUCUACCAAGUUCAAUGUUCCUCAAACCAUUGCUCCUAUUGCUUACGAGACUCUCUUGUAAAGAAUUAAACUUUUUUCUAUUUCGAGAUUUACAUCGUCUCCUAAUUUAAGUUAAAAUAAAAAAGUUUCUAAUACUUUAAA